AUGGCGAACCCACUUCCGACGGCGAACGUGGCCCUGGGCCAGACGGCAGAUUCAGAAGCUGCCUCGACGCCGCAGACCGAGAGCCUUCACAUCGACGAGAUCAACGACGGCGGCCAGCAAGUGGCCGUCCUCCGAGACGAGAACAACAACAUUGUCUACCCGUCCUACGUGCCUCCCGAGAUCGACUCCCCUACCGAUGCCGCGUCUCCCCGGACACCAAAGUCCGCAAACUUUCCCAAUGCACCGGCACCGGAAGCGGCCAAGCCCCGGAAGACAACCUCAGACCCAACAGCUCUCGAGCAGACGAAGGCGACCGCCUCCACCGGGGAGCAAGAUCGCCCGCCUAUGGACGCAAGGUCGAGGACGGAGGCUCCUGGCCGCAAGACGAACCCACGAAAUGCGCCGUUUCCCACUGUGCCCAAACGGGCGGGGACUUCCUACCUGAACAAGGCUAUCUGGCAGGCGAACACGCAAGAUUCAGACUCGACAAGCUCGAGCGACUCCUCGGAUGAUGAAGAAUCAAGGACGCCAGCCGAACAGAAGGCUGCCGAGGAAAAGGCUCGGGCCAAGGCCAGGCGUCGACAAGAGUCCGAGGAUCGCUACAGACGGUUCCGUGUAGGAAAUGAUAACUACAACACCAAAGGCAAGGUCAAGCGAGAUGGUCGUCUGAGGAUCUCGGUCAAGGAGACGGCAAACACAGGAUAUCUCGCCAAAGCUCUGGGCCACGCUGUCAAGAGGGUCGUACCGAUCCACGAAGGCCAGGAGGACGGGGAAGAGGCCCGACGACCUGACCUGUCUCGCUUGUCGUCUGCCACCACGGCCACUGACCGCGAGCCGAAGCCGCGGCUUAAUAUUGUUAUCAUGGUGAUUGGCUCACGUGGCGACGCACAGCCGUUUCUGAAGAUCGGAAAGAUUUUAAAGGAGGACUACGGACAUCGGGUGCGCAUUGCGACACAUCCGGCUUUCCGCGAGUUUGUGGAGAAGGACUCCGGCCUCGAGUUCUUCUCCGUCGGCGGCGACCCCUCCGAGUUGAUGGCCUUCAUGGUCAAGAACCCCGGCAUGAUCCCCACUCUCGAUGCCGUCAAGGCCGGAGACAUUGGCCGGCGAAGAUCGGCCAUGGCAGAGAUGUUUGAGGGGUUCUGGCGAGCCUGUAUAAAUGCGACGGACGACGAAAAGGACGUCCACAACCUCAAGAUGAUGGGCCAGAGGGACCCCUUCAUUGCCGACGCGAUCAUCGCCAACCCACCCAGCUUCGCACACGUCCAUUGUGCUGAAGCACUCGGUAUCCCUCUCCACCUGAUGUUCACUUUCCCUUACACGCCGACACAAGCGUUCCCGCACCCGUUGGCGAGCAUCAAAAAGUCCAACGUGGACCCGGGAUACACAAACUUCAUCUCCUACCCUCUGGUUGAGAUGAUGGUCUGGCAGGGAUUGGGUGAUUUGGUCAACGACUUCCGAGUGAAAACACUCGGACUGGACCCGGUCUCGACGCUCUGGGCCCCAGGCGCAACCUACCGAUUACACGUCCCAUUCACGUACCUCUGGAGCCCUGGCCUCGUCCCGAAGCCCCAGGACUGGGGCGACGAGAUUGACGUCUCUGGCUUCGUGUUCCUCGACCUGGCCUCGUCUUUCGAGCCGCCCAGCGACUUGGAAAAGUUUCUCGAAGCAGGGGACGAGCCCAUCUACAUUGGAUUCGGCUCAAUUGUCGUCGAUGACGCCGAUCGCUUCACGCAGAUGAUCUUUGACGCCGUCAAGAUGGCGGGGGUUCGCGCUUUGGUGUCCAAGGGAUGGGGUGGUCUUGGCGGGGACGAGAUGGACGUCCCCGAUAACAUCUUCAUGUUGGAGAACACACCCCAUGACUGGCUCUUCCCCCGUGUCAAGGCAUGUGUUAUUCAUGGUGGUGCCGGAACCACUGCGAUUGCACUCAAGUGCGGCAAGCCCACCAUGAUUGUUCCCUUCUUUGGCGACCAGCAUUUCUGGGGCAGCAUCCUCUCCAACUGCUCUGCGGGCCCGGAGGCGGUACCCUACAAGCACCUUACCGCCGAGAAGCUCGCCGAGGGCAUUAAGUACUGUCUCACGGAGGAGGCGCAAGAAGCAGCUGGCAAGGUCGCCAAAGACAUUGAGCUGGAAGGCGAUGGCGCUAAGAAUGCGGUGCGAUCAUUCCACCACCACCUCAACCUGCAGGGUCUGAACUCCAUGCGCUGCUCCGUCCUCAGAGACCGGGCCGCGGUCUGGACCCUGAAGAAGACCAACAUCAAGCUCAGCGCUCUGGCCGCCGACAUCAUUGUCGAAGAGGGACAAAUUUCGUGGAAGAGACUCCGCCUGCUUCGCCACAUGGAGUGGAACGAUUUCGAGGGCCCCGGCGAGCCUGUCACCGGCGUGGCUGGCUCGGUCGCUGGGACGUUGGGCAACGUGUUUGGUGGUGUGGGGAGCGUCCCUUACAAGCUGGCAAAGACAUCUCAUAAGCGAAAAGAGAAGAAGGAGAAGAAGAAGAGGCUCAAAGCGAUGCGAGAGAAGCGCACGUCGGCCAAGAACCAGGGCUCGGAAGUCAAUGGUCACGCGGAGACGGAGAAUGACGUGCCCAAGGCAUUGAACAGGCAAGAAGGCGAUUCCAGUGAGAACGAAAACCAGGAAGCGCAAAACGGCCAUGCCAAGGAGGGGACCAAGAAAGACUCUCAAACAAACGGCAACGCAGCCUCAGGACGACCCGCCCAGGGCGACCGCCGCGACACUAUGUCUUCGGUCGAAACCGCCACGACGGUCGACAACCCCGUGGAGGACUACGCCACCGAGGUCGGCGACGGUGUCGGCAAGACGGCCUCAGCCCUGGCCCGCGCCCCGGUCGACCUCUCCAUGGCCCUGGCGCAGGGCUUCCACAACGCACCCCGCCUCUACGGCGACGACACCGUCCGCCGCCCGCCCCGUGUGACGGGUAUCCGCUCGGGUCUCAAGGCGGCCGGCAAAGAGUUCGUCUUUGGCAUCUACGACGGCACGACCGGCCUCGUCCGCCUGCCCGUGCGCGGGGCCAAGAAGGACGGCUUCACGGGUUUCGUCAAGGGCACCGGCAUGGGCCUGACGGGCUUCGUCCUCAAGGACCUCAGUGCCAUCAUCAGCCCCGUCGGCUACACUCUCAAGGGAAUCGUCAAGCAGACGGAGCGCCAUAAGCAGCCGGACCGGGUCGUCCGCCGUGCGCGCAUUGUCCAAGGCCAGCGGGAGCGGCGACAGCUCGGCGACCGCAAGCGCGAGGUCGACAAGGAGGUCAUCACGGGCUGGCUGACCAUCCGCGAGCUCAUGGAGGCCCUCGAGGUCGAGGAGAAGAAGAAGGGCAUCACGGGCCGGCUGUCCUCCAAAAAGCAGCGCGUCAAUCACGCCGCCUUUGAGAGCGUCGACGUCGCCGAGCGCACCCUCGCCGCCAUCAGGAAGGGCGAGGACAUCAGCACCGUCGUCGGCACGGAGAAGGAGCUGCGCAAGACGGACGAGAAGCGCAAGAGCCCCGCCGCGAGGCACAGCGUAGACACGAGGCGGUCGGGGGAGAAUGACCGAGGGCGAAAGUCUGCAGAGAACCCGCCAAGCACCACAAAGGAUGACAGCGCCCUCGUCGAGAACAAGACGGGUGAGGCGCAGGCAGAGGCGGACGCUGAGGCAGCGAGCAAGUCUGAGCGGCCGGGUGUUGAGCGCUCGACGUCGUUGCAGGCUUAG